AUGAAUAAAUAUUUUAUAGCUUCCAAAUGUAUUAGUUUUAUAAUGCAGGCUAUCAAAGCUUUGGGAGCUACAGCUCCUUGCGCAGUCCUUUCUACUUUAAAGAAGGGAGCUUUUGUACCUGUAGUAGGUCAAAUUCGUCAAACUCAUUUGCCGGCGCCAAACCCAAAUGAGAGACGUCCUUAUUCUCCUUUUCAAGAUGCCAAUAAUAUGGCAGAAUAUGCCGUAGCAAGGCUUGACGACUUACUUAAUUGGGGAAGAAAAGGUUCCAUGUGGCCUAUGACUUUUGGACUUGCAUGUUGUGCUGUAGAAAUGAUGCACAUUGCAGCUCCUCGUUACGACAUGGACAGAUUUGGCGUCGUUUUCCGAGCAUCUCCAAGACAGUCUGAUGUGAUGAUUGUUGCUGGUACAUUAACAAAUAAAAUGGCUCCAGCUUUAAGAAAAGUGUAUGACCAAAUGCCUGAUCCACGAUGGGUUAUUUCUAUGGGAAGUUGUGCCAAUGGUGGUGGUUACUACCAUUACUCAUAUUCAGUUGUAAGAGGCUGUGAUCGCAUUGUACCAGUUGACAUAUAUGUACCAGGUUGUCCUCCAAGUGCUGAAGCUUUAAUGUAUGGUAUUUUACAAUUACAAAAGAAAGUCAAAAGAAUGAAGACACUUCAGAUAUGGUAUAGGAAAUAG